AUGUCUGCUUGCUUCUCCCUUGGCUUGGGAGCCGUCGAGAUAUCCCAAGAAUACCACAACCACAAGAAGCUCAACUUUUGGACCGGCAUCAAUUUGAAGACGCAUGCCAAGUUGCAACACUUGGUCCAGAUAGCAAUUCCGGUUCCAGCAAAAACUCUAAUACUUUCGAGUCAGCCAAGCAUUCUGCCAAAGAGCUUGCUCAAGCCGAAGAACCCUCCGGACACGCUCCUUCAAAACGGAGAGAAUCUCUCAUAG